AUGGCUCCUCGCUCGAAGUUCACCGCUGAGCAAGUUAAAAUGAUGGAGGAGUAUCGAGAACAAUACCUCGAGUGCCAGGCAGUAGGAGAUUAUACUCCAUUCUGGGCUCCAUUUUUCGAAGAUUAUCACGCCAGAUGGCCGGAGAGGGAGCACGUGUUUCCCGAUGUCCCCCUCGACAUAGAUCUCACACCAGAACAAAAAGUCGUCAACGCGAGUAUGGUGGAUGCACGCAAAAAACAAUUAAUGCAUCGCUUCCGCAACAUGUAUGGCAACUACAGUGCCAAGCGCAAGCUGAAAGCACAGACUACUGAGUACUGUCGAGAAAAUCCUGCCGAGGCUUACUACAAGACACGUAUCAAACUUGUUGUGGAUGUGGAGAUCAAGGUACUCGCACGGGAGGCUGGCCUGAGUCCCAUGACAUCAGAUGAAGAGGAUGACGACACCAGCACUGUUGGAAGCGAUGUGAAGCAGGUGUUACCUAAGACACUCAGGCUAUCUCUCAUAAAGAAGCACACACGUGCUCUAUUCGCAAACGAGACCCCCGAGAUCAAGGCAGAGGUAGCUGAUUUCAUCAAGCAGUGGAGCGAGAACCGCAAGAAGAGUUCGAGCGAGGAUGAUGACAUUUCUUUCACUGAGAAUAUCGAAAAAUUACCCAAUGUCCUAGCUGAUAUAUUUGCUGGACUGGCGAAACAGACGGGCUGGGCCUUUUCUGUGUUGAUGGGCGGGCCUUCUCCAGGAAUGAGUGGGAAAAUACAGGUUGAAAGUUUUCAUGUGGGACGCACAGCGAUGGGAAACACUUUCAAUCUUGCUUACUCUGAUUUUAAUGAAUGCAUUAUGAGGCCAUAUGCAGAUUUCACAAAGCACGCCUUUCCUGAUGCGGCGGGGAAGGGAACUCCGAGUCCAGGACCCUCUAAGCCUGCUCCUCGAUCAUUCGAAGACACCACCUUAAUGCCGAUUGACUUCACCACAACCAGUGAUACAUCACUCCUUCCAUCGACUGAUACAUCACUCCUCCCAUUGACUGAUACAUCACUCCUUCCAUCCGAUGACCAACUGUACGACAUGUUCUCUACUCUUGACAUCUCUGGUCUGGCACCGUCGUUUGAGAAUGAUGGACCCAUCCUUCCCAUGCCAGAUGGAUAUACACCUCCCACAACAAAUUCACCCAGCUUGGAAUCUUUCAACUCUGCCUUGUUUGGACCCAUCCCUCCCAUGCCAGAAUACACUCCCACAGUACAUCCCUUGUCCAGUUUGGAGUCGACAUUUUAUGACGGACUCACCCCUCACAUGCCAGAGGGACACAUUCCCACAGCACAUCCCUCGUCGAGUUUGGAGUCGAUGGACUUGUUCAAUGCGCCUUUGGGUCCAAAUUGGCCAGGUCUGCCUUUUAAUCAGCCAGUCAUGCCUACCAUCAGCCUCUCACUUCACCCAUCCGCGACACUGGCAGCAACUCUCGCAUCCAAGACACCAGUACCACUCCCCACUACAUCCGCGACAGCAGCAGCAACUCUCGCAUCCAAGACACCAGUACCACUCCCCACUACACCAGCAGCAACUCUAACCCUAACUAACGCAUCCAAGACACCAGUACCACUCCCCACUACAUCCGCGACACCAGCAGCAACUCCCAUUUCCGUGGCGCGAGCAGAACAUAUCAUGUCUGAGACACGUGGACUUCCUAUUGUCGAGUCGGUCGAUUCUACAUCUACGUCAUCUGCACCACCUGUCAUCAAGAUGCCAGCGGUAACUCCUGUUUCCGUGGUGCCAGCAGCACAUAUCGCGUCCGAGACACCUGCACUUUCUAUCAUCGAAUCGGUCGAUCCUACUUCUACGUCGUCUGCACCUCCUGUCGUCAAGACGCCAACAAUAACACCUGUUUCCGUAGCGCCAGCGGAACACACCAUGUCCGAGACGCCUGCACUUACUGUGGUCAAACUGGUCCAUCCUGCAUCUCCAUUGCCUGCACUUCCUACUGUCGAGCAGCCUCUCAUGCACCUUGUGGCUGAACUUCCUAUCGUCCAGCCACCUCCAAAUCUUACGCAGCCUGCAGAACUCUCAGUGGGACCUUCAGCAGAACCUGCUGCGACAAAAGGAGCUCGACAACACGAGUCCCUUGUACUCAGACGAUCAAAAUGA